AUGUCAAACACAGCAGCUAUCAUAACAGGCUCCAAAGAAACAUCCAACUUAACUACAAUUAAAACAACUCCAAUUCCUGAACCUAAAAACAAUGAAAUCUUGAUUAAAACCAUUGCAUAUGCUGCAAAUCCAACUGAUUGGAAACAUAUCUAUUUCAUUAGUGCACCAAAUGCUAUAAGUGGUACAGAUACAAGUGGGAUAGUUGUUAAAGUUGGCUCGGAUGUUGAUGGGUUCCAAGUUGGUGAUUAUGUUUCGACGUUUAUCCAUGGGAAUACUAAUGAAGAGAAUGGUGCUUUUGCUAAAUAUGUAUUAGGUGUCCCCACAAUGACUAUUAAACAUGAGAAAUUUUCGGAUGAAUCAUUAAGUCAAGGUGUUCAUCCUUCUGAUUUGAUCAAGAAUUUCGAAGGUGCAAGUUCUGUUACUUUGGGGUUAUCCACUAUUGGUAUGUCAUUUGCAGGUAAUUUGAAAAUUAAUCCAAAUAAAUCUGAGAAUGAAGGUUUAAAUAUCUUGAUUUGGGGUGGUUCUACUGCAACGGGCAUUUUAGCUAUUCAAGUGGCCAAGAAAAUUUAUGGAUUGAAUGUUAUUACAACAGCCUCUGCUAAAAAUCAUGAUUUUUUGAAAUUUAUUGGUGCUGAUGCCACUUUUGAUUAUCAUGAUUCUGAAUCAUUAGCAUCAUUAACGAAUUAUGAUUUUGCUUAUGUUUUAGAUACAGUUUCCUCAGAUGAAACAUACCAAGAAUCAUAUAAUGCCACUAUCAAUUCCAAAUCUCCAAAGUUAGAUAAUUUAACAGCCUUGGAUGAAUCCAAAAUUUUGAAAAGGGAUGACAACAAUGUUGAAUUUGUGACUCCAACUUUCUCCUAUUUAGCAAAUGGUCAUGAUAUUGAUGCCCUUGGAAAGCAUUGGGAAUUAACUAAAGAUGUAUUCUCUAGAUAUAAACAAUUCUGGUUUGAAUUAUUACCUCCAUUAAUCCCAUUUUUGAAAACUGCAAAUUUAAGAGUUUUAAAACCUGGAUUUGAAAGUGUUGAUGAAGCCUUGGGAUUAUUAAAAGAUAAUAAAGUUAGUGCAGAGAAGGUUGUGUUUAGAUCUUGA